AUGGGAAAGCCAAAAAAGGUAUUGAAGAAGAGGAAGAGAAGCAGUGGUGUUGAUAAGGAGAAAGAUGCUAUUCCAAACACAGCUACUUGUCCUACUCUACUGAAAAAUAAGAGUGCAGGCAUCAGUUACCAGGAAGUGUGUUUCAAGACGGCUGACUUAUUAUCUGAAGUUACUGGAAAAGCAAUUCCAACUGUUCACACUAUAAGGACCUCUAAAUCGUUUGAGCGUACUGAUAUACUUGGAGCUAUUAAUGGUUUGAUUUGUUUCACAAAUAAAUUCGAGGAUUCUGUGUGCAUAUACAACAUCAGCACCAGAGAGGUGAUGCCAUUGGUUAAAUCGACAUCAAGAGAUAAUGUUAUUCGUGGUGUGGAAAAUGAUUCUCUUAUUUAUGGAUUUGGAUUUGGAUUUGAUCCUGCCACUAAGCAUUACAAAGUCAUAUGCAACUGGAGAGUUGAUACAAAUAAUGGUAAUCAAAUUAGUGUUGGCCACUUUUGGGAGGUCUUGAGUUUAGGUAGCAAUUCAUGGAGAAGGAUCAAGGACGUCCCACCUAUACCUGAUGGACUUAGUUCGUCUGCUAUUUAUGUGAACGGCUCUAUUUAUUGGUUCCCUGAGAAGUUUCAGAGCGGCAUAGUAGCAUUUGAUGUUGGAAGUGAGAAGUUCAGGAAGAUCCAAAUUCCUCAGGUCAUUGUUGAUCGGUUCGGAUAUUAUUAUUACCUUUUAGGUUGUGUUAUAUUACAAGAAGUGAACGAUUGUCUAGCUAUAUCGUGCAGUUAUAAUUUUGCUGUCGAGCUGUGGAUACAUGAAGUCAAUAACAAGCUGGGGACUGGUGAUGAGAGCUGGAACAAACAAAUUAUUACCUUGCCAGGUUGUUUGUAUAAAAGUCUAUUUCCAACGGUUGCCUUUGUUCAUUUCAUGGCGGGAACAGGCCAAUUAAUCCUAGAGAUCCAUCAAACAGACACCAGUGGCAGUGGUGUUAAAAAAGUUUAUGUCUCUUUUUUCUUAUAA